AUGUGGAAAGCAGGAUCGAAUGACGCAGCCCGUUACCGGGCUGUGUUAGACCAUCUCCGAGAAGCAAAAUAUGAGUUUGACUAUAUGGGGGAUGUCUCAGAAUGCCUUUCUGAAUUGUUGAUGAGCAAGUUGGUUCUAGACAGGAGUGGAACACGUGUCGGCGACUUGGGGCCUGAUGAGGUCGACGACGAUGUGAGCUUCUUUUGUGCUCAUAUCCGGGACGCGGAUCUUCCUUGGGAUCAGGAAAGUAUAGACUGGUAG